GAGAAGGUAUCCCUUUCUUUUCUUCUACUGUGUGUGAAAGGUUUGAAACUCUAAGCAUUAAGCAAACAAAACCUGCCAUCUUCUCCUCUCUUAUUUCUUUAUCAACCAUCAACUUCUUCUUAUUUACCCAAAAAAAAAAAAAAAAAAAACUAUCAAUUUCUUCCUCCAUUUUUUUUUUCUCCUUUUUAAAUCCUCUCAACAACUGAAUCACCUCUCCAUCAUUUCCUUUUGUAUUACCAAAAAAAAAAAAAAAAAAAAAAAAAGCUACUUCCAACCACUGCCCUCUAACAAAGCCACACUCUUCUUUUUUUAAAUCUUUAUCAUCUUUUUCCUUUUUGGUCUUCCUGUUAUUCCUUUUAUUCUUCUCCUUUUUUUUUUCUUUUUUUCUUGUUGGUGCAUUUUCCAUUUUUCUUUUUCUUUGCCGUUUCUCUCAAAGGAACAUAUGCGGCAAAAACUGGCAAAAAAAUCUUCUUUUGGAGAAUCUGUUAAGGCCCUUGAAGCUGAUAUUCAACAUGCCAACAACCUGGCUGCUGCUGUCCCCAGAGAUUAUAGUGGGGAUUUUAUACAGAUGAGAUUAGCUUACAGCCCAUUUGCACCCAUUUUCAUGUAUUUGAUUGAAUGGAUGGAUUAUAGUUGCACUGAUGCACUACCCAGUUAUUUAGGCCUUCUACACAUACUUAUCCACAAGGUAUAUGUUGAUGGAAUGCCAUCCCUUUCCUCGAAAGAAAGGAAAGCCAGUCUAAGGGAAUUUUAUGCCGUAAUAUAUCCUUCACUUAGGCAGCUUGAAGGCGAGUUUAUCGAACUAGAAGAUUUUAAUACAAGAAAUCAAUACCAAGAUGUUUUAAGCAAGAAAAGCGGGGAAAACCAGAGGAAGCUUUCUGAUAAAGAUCCAGAGAGAGAUGAUGAAUGUGGGAUAUGCAUGGAAAACUGCACAAAGAUGGUAUUGCCCAGCUGUGGGCACUCCAUGUGCAUCUGCUGCUUCCAUGACUGGAAUGCACGAUCACAAUCCUGCCCUUUUUGCCGCGGAAACUUAACAAAAAUUAGCUCUAAAGACUUGUGGGUUCUCACUAGUACCUUUGAUGUUAUUGAUGCAGUAACUCUUGCAAAGGAAAACCUGAGAUGUUUCUAUCUUUAUAUUGAAAACCUGCCUAUCCUUGUGCCGGACUCGCAUGUGGUUGUAUAUGAUUACAUGCUCUGACUUACAAUAGAAGAACAAAUUGGUUGAAACUAUACAAAAUGCUGACUAACCUCUCGUAAAUAGACUGUUAUGGGGAAGUUGAUUGAAUUCGCACCUAUGUGGCUCAUGGAUGGUUGAAGAGCUCAUUUAUGGUAGCUGUAUAUACUCAGUUAAAAUCCUGGAUUGACUGUAUCCUGAACUUAACACAGCAGGCGGCUUUGAAGUUUAUACAUUACCCCAAAGAUCAGCCUGCCCAAAAGCAAGGAUUAUUAGGAUUGCAAGUCUGUGGAAACAGUAAUAUCUAGUGUAAAAAUAUAUAGUAGGUAUGCCUGGCAUUCAACUCAGCUAUUUUAGAACCUGAGUUUGGAAUGGAAAUGGCAAGAAAUUUGCUUGUUUCUGGGAUUAUGCUUAGUAUUUACAUUGUAUUACUAAAGUCAUGAUUCAAAUAAAUAAAAAACCAAUAUUUUACUGAUCAUUGUGAA